UCGAGAAAGAAUAAUGUUGUUCAAAGCUCUUUCAUUGUUGCUGGUAAUUGGCUCGGCCUUGGCUGGAAUCCCAAGUGAGGCGAGGAUCCAUACUGAAACCACUCUUCUGGAUAUGAUGAUGCAGCCUCGUGGUGAUCCAGUUCUCGACGCUUACUGUUGGAGCCGCUAUACACCUAUCAUGAAGGAGAUUAUCGAUGUGUUCGAGGCUGAAUCCAAGCAAUGCCAAACUGACUUUGAUAUCAGUAAUACUGCCAUCAUUGCAAAGUACUCCAUUAUUCUUGAAAAUGUUACUGCAACUGCAAAGGAAUCCUGUGAUGCUCUGCUCAAAUGUGAUGAUCUUUCAACUCAACUUGAAGCCUUUAAUUGCUUUGGAACAGCAGGUCGUGAUCAAUCCCAAAAACUGACAACAAUGUCAGGAGACUCCCUUGCAGCAGGUAUCAGCCUUGCAGAGGAAAUCAGCAGCAUCACCAGUAUUCAAAAUCUGUGCACUGAGAAGGCGAUCGCACGCUAUAGUAAUGACAAUAGCCAAGCUCUAAAAGAAUUGACGGAGUGUCUCAAUGGCAAUAUUGCAGAGGUUUAAUCAGAAUGUUAAAAUGCCAAAAAUGCAAAAAAAUUGUAUAAUUUGUAUAACGAAAUAUAAUUGUAAUUUAAUCUGUCUUAAUA